GCAUCGGAGGCGCCGCCACUUCCCCUGCACUCUCUCAUCCUGCAGGUUGCAUCCUCUCUCUUCUCAAACUGGACUGCAUACAUUUUUUCUAAGUUUCAAGGCACUUUUUUUUUUUGCAGAGAAAAAUGAGGAGCAUUGUAGUGUGUGUCACUCUUGUACUCGCAGCCACUUGCCAUGCAGCGGACUUCCCCGGUACUUCAUACCAGAGAUGGGAUGCAAAAGGACCCCACAGUCUGGGGGCAGACUCCGGCACCCCGGCCUCCUGUGCCAUAAAACUAAGACCGUCAGGCCAGUGCGGGGGCUCCGGGACGGGAGCAGAGGAAGGGGGAGAGGAGUGCCCCUACCAGGUAACUCUACCCCCUCUCACCAUCCAGCUGCCCAAGCAGUUCAGGCUGCUGGAGAAAACCAUGAAGGAGCUGCAGAGCCUGAAGGAGGUGGUGAACAGGCUGAAGAGCAGCUGCCAGGAGUGCCGCGGAGCAAGGGGCAGCGGCGUCUACGGACAUCAGCAGGCGGACCAGGGACGGACGGGGGCUGGUGUGGCGGGGCUGGAGGGGCAAAACGGGUCCAGCCAAGAAGAGAGGGACAAUGUGAUGGCGUCAGGAACUACUGUGGACGGACAUGGAGCUCAUUUGGGGAAAAUCACACCAAGUCCGAGCAGCAUGCAGGAGAUGCAGGUGAAACUUAACAGGAUGUCUGUGAGUCUGCGUAACGCCAAGAACCAGAUCACCUCCCUGCAAGGUCGCAUGGAGGGCCUGAACCUCCUCAACAUAGACAACGUCCAGGCCAUGGUGGACAGACGUGUGGAGAACAUCAGCGGCGUGGUCAACAAGCUGAGCUCCACCUGCACCUCACAGUGUGCGGUGCAGAAUACUCCACAAUUCAUCCUGGCCCCCAGAGACUGUUCCGACUACAAUGUGCUGGAGACCAGGAAGAACGGGGUGUACCGCGUGACCCCCGACCCCCGCAACGGGACGUUUGAGGUCUUUUGUAACAUGGAGUCUUUCGGAGGGGGCUGGACGGUCAUACAGCAGCGGCUGGACGGCUCCGUCAGCUUCAACCGCAGCUGGACUGAAUACAAGAAGGGCUUCGGGAACCUCAGAGGUGAGUUCUGGCUGGGCAAUGACCACAUACACCUGCUGACGAAGGCCAAAGACAUGAUACUGCGCAUUGAACUGGAGGACUUUGAGGGUGUGCGAGAGUACGCCAAGUAUGAGCAGUUCUACGUGGCCAAUGAGUUCCUGCGAUACAGGCUGUCCAUCAGCGGAUACAGUGGGACUGCUGGGAACGCCAUCAGCUUCAACAAGCACUUCAACCACGACCAAAAGUUCUUCUCCACCCCUGACCGCGACAACGACAUGUACCCCUCGGGAAACUGCGGCACCUACUACAGCUCCGGCUGGUGGUUCGACGCCUGCAUGUCGGCCAACCUUAACGGCAAGUACUACCACAAGAGGUACAAGGGGGUCCGGAAUGGCAUCUUCUGGGGGACGUGGCAUAACAUGUCCACGGAGUACUACCCCACCAACUACAGGCAGGCCUUCAAGACGGUCAAGAUGAUGAUAAGGCCCAAGAAUUUUGCUCCGUAAGAGGAUGGAAAAGUGGAAGUAUAGAACCAGAAACAUGCACAUGUACUUACCGCCAAACCGUACACAAGCCUGUUAGAACGCAGUCCAAACAAAACCAAAAGCGCCGUGGCGAAUACAGCCAUCUAAAUGUUGAAUUAAAACAAGAAUAAAGGAGAAUGGACUGGAUCACACAAGCUGUGUGAAGCUAGCCUCCAGCAGGGGCCAUCAUAUUCAACACGGUGUCACUGUGGUCGACUCUUCACUGCUUCUCUGUCAAGAUCCUUUUUUUUUUUUUUUCAGCUUGAACUCAGCUCAUCGCAAAGAAGUAGUUAAACUAAUGAGCUAUUAUUUACCCCCACCAAAAAUUAACAACGGCGAUUCAGAGCUCCCUUUUUUGGAUUGCAGUGUUACCACACUUUUUGAGCAAGAGUGCACAAGUAAUAGCUUCCCUCUUGUUGUUUUUUUUGUUUGCUUUUUAAUUAUACCCAUCUUCUUAUAGCAGGGGUUGGCAACCUUUACCACUCAAAGAGACAUUUUGACCCGUUUCACAAAGUAAAGAAAACAAUGGGAGCCACAUAACUCCUUUGAAAUUUAUAAUGAAAUAACACUGCAUACAGAGUUUUUUUUGCUUUGUGUUAUUUAUAAACCAGGGGUCUCAGACACGCAGCCCGCACCUUAAUAUGAAAAUGUAAUGUUAGUGCCGCCCGCGAGUUUUAUAUGAAUGCCGAUUGACAGCAUCACACCUGCCAACCAUCCCCAUUUUCCCGGGAGACUCCCGAAUUUCAGAGUAAUUAUUCUCUCGAAUAGACCCUGCUCCAAGUGGAGGAGUUCAAGUACCUAGGAGUCUUGUUCACGAGUGAGGGAAGAGUGGAUCGUGAGAUCGACAGGCGGAUCGGUGCGGCGUCUUCAGUAAUGCGGACGUUGUACCGAUCCGUUGUGGUGAAGAAGGAGCUGAGCCGGAAGGCAAAGCUCUCAAUUUACCGGUCGAUCUACGUUCCCAUCCUCACCUAUGGUCAUGAGCUUUGGGUCAUGACCGAAAGGAUAAGAUCACGGGUACAAGCGGCCCAAAUGAGUUUCCUCUCCCUUAGAGAUAGGGUGAGAAGCUCUGUCAUCCGGGAGGAACUCAAAGUAAAGCCGCUGCUCCUCCACAUGGAGAGGAGCCAGAUGAGGUGGUUCGGGCAUCUGGUCAGGAUGCCACCCGAACGCCUCCCUAGGGAGGUGUUCAGGGCACGUCCAACUGGUAGGAGGCCACGGGGAAGACCCAUGACACGUUGGGAAGACUAUGUCUCCCGGCUGGCCUGGGAACGCCUCGGGAUCCCCCGGGAAGAGCCAGACGAAGUGGCUGGGGAGAGGGAAGUCUGGGUUUCCCUGCUUAGGCUGUUGCCCCCGUGACCCGACCUCGGAUAAGCGGAAGAUGAUGGAAGGAUGGAUGGAUGGAUAUUCUCUCGAAUGUACGCUGGUGUUCACCUAAUGAACAAUAAUAAGGGCGUACAAUGAUGGAACAUGCCACUAGCGCCCUCUACAGGUUGUACAAAUAGCUUGCCAGCCCAAAGAAUUGUUUGACGAGGCUAUUGCAGACACACGUAAGAGACUGCAAGGCAUCAUUAUUCAACAGCAAGACAGGUCACACUGAGGGUGGCCGUUUAAACAACUUAAGCACUCUUACUAAUAUGUGCCACACUGUGAACCCACACCAAAGAAGAAUGACAAACACAUUUCAGGGAAACAUCCGCACUAUAACAACAUAAACACGGCAGAACAAAUACCCACAAUCCCAUGUAUCCCUAACUCUUCCGGCCUACAUACACCCAGCUACCACCAACCCAACCCUCUGUACGUUGGUUGAGGUGGGCGGGGUUGGUGGGGGUGUGUGUAUAAUGUAGCCCGGAAUACUCAGGGAUACAUGGGAUUCUGGGUAUUUGUUUUGUUGUGUUUAUGUUGUGUUAUAGUGCGGAUGUUCUCCUGAAAUGUGUUAGUCAUUCUUGUUUGGUGUGGGUUCACAGUGUGGCGCAUAUUCAUAAGAGUGUUAAAGUUGUUUAUAUCACAACCCUCAGUGUGACCUGUAUGGCUGUUGAGCAAGUAUGUCUUGCAGUAGAGUAUGCGUUCAGAUAGAGGUCGCAUCCAAAAUAGGACCAGCUGGCCGGCACGCAGAUAGCCUGGUGAAAAUCCUGGUGCGAUAACAUGUAAAAAGGCGUUAGAGGCAUUGUCAUCACGGCACAUCCUCAAAGUUGAUGACUGGGUGAAAAUCGAAAGAUGUUAACCUGGGAUAUUUAUGAUAGAGACACUGAAACUUGGAAAUCUCCUGGACUUCUCCGGGCGGUCAGCAAGUAAGUGGCUGAGCCACAUCAGAGUGGUCAAAGAGGUUUCCGACUCCUGCCCUAUGAAUAUGAAGCAUUCCUGCAUAAAAAGGCAUCCUAUGUGCAUUGUUUGUUUUUCUAUUGGAGUAUUGAACUACUGCAACCACUUGUACAAUACCGCCCCCCAGUGUCAAACAACUGUAUUGCAACAUUGUAUUCCUUCUUCCACACUGUGAAUGAGCAGAAGGCUCAUUAUUUUAUUUUUUUUUGCUUCCAUUUUAAAAGACGUGUACAGUAUUUAUUCAAAUUUUGUGAGGUUUACCUGUGCAGGAGUCGUACAAAAGCAAGUUCUGAUAAUCGUGAAUAAUGAUGAUGUGAAUAUUUGGGCAAUGAAAAAGAUUAUGCAUUGUUGUGGCCAUUUGCAUCAGCGAUGAUGAGCGCCUGGAGCUUUUUUGUGUGUACAAUAUCUUUUCUAUCAAUCAUAUUCAUUUUUCAUCCCAAAGGAUAUGCACUUUUUAUAUUUAAAAAAAAUAAAGUUCAAUUAAAAUGGUAA